AUACAAACAUCAGCACAAAGGACACUCAGCUGGACAAUAAACAAAGAAGAACCCUUGAAGAACCUGGAAACUAGAAACUUUUAUGACAAAUCUGUUCAUUUGCAUCUGAGUGUUUCUGAUCUGACUACAGCCACCGGUUUGAUUCUUGAAACAGAAACCAUGAAGUCCCGUCGACCCAGCUGCACCGACUCUGGAUCUGAGUCCUCAGAGCUGGACUCCAAGAGCCCAGAGAAGUACGAGACGGCCACGAGGCGACGGAUGGCUGCCAACGCCAGAGAGAGGAAGAGGAUGCAGGGUUUGAACACAGCCUUUGAUCGUCUGCGUAAAGUGGUACCUCAGUGGGGCCAAGACAAGAAACUGUCCAAGUACGAAACCCUGCAGAUGGCUCUGAGCUACAUCAUGGCCCUGAACCGGAUCCUGACAGACACCAGGAGGCACAAUGCUCCUCACAGACAGUGGCUGGACCUGCAGUUUGACUGUGUGCAGCCUGAAAACUACUCCUGUCUCAUGAGGUACGACUCUCCGGCCGAACAGGACUACAUCCACUCAUCGUUCUCCUAUCAGUUCGACAGCCAUCAGGUCCACGCAUAAGUUGCUGCCAUAUGGCAGAUGAUCAGUCAUGUUGUUGGAUGUGAGUGACAAUGUGAAGAUGUUUCCUCCAAUCCAGGAGACAGUAAAUACAUUUGUAUUGCAUUACUUUCAUUUUGUAUUUGUUUAGUCUUUGUGUGACAAUCGGAGAGGCUUCUGUUUCAGUUUGAAGUCUGUCAUUUUUGUUAGAAGACCCGACAGCGUUGAGCAAAUUUUUGUUCAAAGUCUAGCAAUGAAAGAACUGUAGUGUCUUUACAGUGACCAUUAGAUUGUACUAAAGAUGCGGACAACGGUGUAUUUUUAUCACUUAUUUUGAUAUGGCCCUAAAAUGUUGUGCAAUGUUCAACGGAUUCUGAGAAAAUCAUUGUAGUCUCAAAGCACAGUUGAAGUCAAGAUGGAACUAUUUUUGUCAAAGUGCAUGCUUGUAGAGUUGAAAAAUAGAUGUUAUUUUUC